AGUCAGGCACUUGGUGAAUCGUAUACCCUGCCCAACUUGCUUCUCCCCUCAACCACCUUCCAUUUUUGUUGUCUACUACUUGUUUGAUCUAAAAUCAUGUCUGGAAAGGGAAAAGCUGGCAAAUCUUCCUCUGGCAAGACCGGUAGCGACUCAAAGGCUCAAUCGCGUUCUUCAAAAGCCGGUCUUCAGUUCCCUGUCGGGCGUAUCCACAGACUGUUGAAGAAAGGCAACUACGCCCAGCGUGUUGGUGCAGGUGCUCCCGUAUACCUUGCUGCUGUUCUAGAGUACCUUGCUGCUGAGAUUCUGGAGCUCGCUGGUAAUGCCGCGCGUGACAACAAGAAACAACGUAUCGUUCCUCGCCACCUUCAACUUGCUAUCCGCAAUGACGAAGAGUUGAACAAACUCCUUGGCGAUGUUAUCAUCAGCCAGGGUGGUGUCGUGCCAUUUAUCAACCCAGAGCUUCUUCCUACGAAAACCACCAAGGGGAAGAAGGAGGGUGCUUCGCAAGAGGUUUAGAGCGUUGCAUGGAUUUGUAUACUACAUUUGGCACCAUUGUACUCCUUCCCCAUAAUCUACAUAAUUGUACCAUAGGCAUUGCAAACCUCCAGUACCCCAGUUGGAAUUGAACAAUAGGCUGCAUUACAUCGCC